AUGGCUGAGAUGCUCGUGCUUGUUAUUGACGCCGCCGUGCCGACAGUGCGCGUGCCGCAAGGCGAGUUGCGCCCCACGCUGCUCCAGAGCGCCUUCGACAACCGCACGAUCUACGCGUUCCUGGGCGUGCCGUACGGCCGCGUGACGGAGCGGUUCGGCCGCGCGGAGCCGGCCGGGCCCUGGCAGGGCGUGCUGAACGCCACCACCGACGGCGCCGAAUGCGUGCAGUGGGACGAGCGGCAGCAGCGCGCCAUCGGCAGCGAGCAGUGCCUCUACCUGAACAUAUACACGAGUUCGCUGCCGCCGGCCAACCCGACGGCACCGCUCGUCUUCUUGCACGGUGGCGAUUGGACGAGCGGCAGUGGCAGCAGCCACUGGUACGGGCCGCGCUACUGGCUCGACCACGACGUGGUACUCGUCACUGUCAACAGCCGGCUGGGCGCGUUCGGGUUUCUCUCGACUGGCGACCAGCAGGCGCCAGGCAACCUGGGCCUGCACGACCAGGUGCUGGCGCUCGACUGGAUCAACAACAACAUCGCGUUCUUCGGCGGCCUGCGCAGCCUGACGACCAUCAUGGGCGAGGGCACGGGCGCCGUCUCGGUUCACAUGCUGCAGCUGACGCAGCGCGCCAAGAACCUGUUCGAGCGCGCCAUCUCGCAGAGUGGCACGGCCUUCUGCCCGGGGGCGUUGGUGCCGGAGACGGUGGCCAACGGCCAUGAGCUGGCCGCUCGGCUCGCCUGCCCGACGGGGGACAGCGCCCCAAUGCUCACCUGCCUGCGCGACGCUUCAGCCGAGGACAUCGCGCGCGCCACGGCCCACCUCAGCGGACAGAUGGGCGGCGCGGCGCCGUUCGGGCCCGUCAUCGACGCGUACGCUACCGAGCCGUUUUUGCCCAAGCCGCCCAGCGAGCUGAUGACCGAAAACAACUUCCGACACAGUCCGUGGAUCGUGGGCACAAACCGGGACGAGGGAGCGGAUGCGGCUUACGCGCUGCUCAGCGACAGCCAGCAGCUGGAGCGACUCAACAGCCGCUUCACCGAGCUGGCGCCGCAGCUGCUGCACUUUGCGCGAACCGCCGCUGACCCGGCAGCCACCAGCGAGCAGAUCAGAAAGCAUUAUUUUGGCGAUCGGCCAAUAGAUGACAGGACUGCAAGCGAACUGGUCGAGCUCCUCACGGACCGCAUGCUUCUGCACUGCACGGAGAAGGCCGCCUGGUGGCAUGCCCACUACUCAACGCACAAGGUGUUUGUGUACCAGUGGAACUUGAAAGGCCGCAUGCACAUUCGCGACCUGCAGCCAGCUCACCCGUCUGGCGCGGAUGCCGCGCACUGGCGCCCGGGCCACCCGCGCUUCGCCCGGCACGCCGGCGCGCACAACCUCGGCGUCUCGCAGAAGGACGAGCUGCUGCUCAUGUUCUCCAAUGAGCUGGCGCCGCUGUACGACGCCAACGACCCGCUGGUGAACGAGAUCCGACAGAUUUUGAACAUGUGGGUGACGUUCGCCAAGACGGGCGACCCCACGCCCGACGUGCACGGCAUCGACGCGGGCCUAUGGCGCGAGUACUGGGAGUUCUUCUACCCGUUCGACCCGCACUAUCUGAUCAUCGACCGCGACUGGGCGUCCGUCACUGAGCUGAGACCGCAAGCCAUUGAAUUCUGGGACUCGCUCGGCCUCCGGGAGAACAUGUUCAAGCACAAGCUGGUGAUGAGGGACGAGCUAUGAAUGCACGGGUUCAUGAAGGCCUUCGAACAUUUCAUCUGCAAAAGAGCGCAAAGCCAAGCCGCCGCCAUUAUGCAACUUAAGUAAAUAAACGCUACAUUGAUCA